AUGCCGCCCUUGCAACUUCCACCAAAUCUGAGAUUCGGCCCCUUUCUCGUCGCAUCACAGGUCUUUCACAUCUCGCCUUCUCGCCUUUCCUACGGCCUGGUGAACCUCAAACCUCUGCUUCCAGGCCACGUCUUGAUCUGCCCGGUGCGCAGCGUCCCGCGUCUCUCGCAACUCACCAGCGCCGAAACAGCCGACUUAUUCAACACGGUCCGCAUUGUGUCGAGGACCCUUCAACGGGUGUACCAUGCCAGUUCGUUCAACGUCGCCGUCCAGGAUGGGGUCGAUGCAGGCCAGUCAGUGCCACAUGUGCAUGUUCAUGUGAUUCCGCGACAGAGAGGAGACUACGAUGACAAGGGUGGUGGCGACAGGAUCUACGACGCGAUGGAUGGAGAGGAAGGCGAUCUCGGCAAAGCCUUUCUUGAGAUGCGGAGAAUGAAAGACGGAAAGGUGAAGUCAGGAAGGGAGGCUUUGGGCGGCCCAGACAGCGACAGGGAGCCAAGGAGUGAGGAGGAAAUGAGCCAGGAGGCACAGUGGCUGAGAGGGGAGAUCCAGAAUGAUCGUGUACACGCACAGGAUGAGGAAUGA